CAAACUGCUGUGGAACCGGGAAGAAGAAGAAGAAGAAGAAGCUGUCAGCCUGAAAACACAAGCUGUCAACAUGUGUGAUCUGCUGGAUGUCAGCCUCCACAUCCAUGACAGGAUCUCGUCGCUGCGCAGCAUACUGGACCUGGCGGCUGUCGAAUUCCCUCAAAAUAAGAUAAAGAAGCUUGGACAAGAACUGUCGGUUGUGGGGGCACUUCUGGAGCAGUUUGAGAAAUGUGUUGGUCAGCAGAGAGAGAAGCUGAGGCAUCUGAAGGAACUUGAGGAGUCAUUCAAGGAGAAUGUGGGGGGUGUUCAGCACAUGAAGGACAACGUUCCUGCUCACAUGCCCAAGAAGAGAGGCCCGGCAAAUGGGGGGGAAGCUGCUCUGAAGCAGGGUGAAGCUGUUCAGCCAGCGCAGCAGCAGCAGCCUGUGAGAAAGAGCAACAAGAGCUGCAUCAGAAGCAUGGACGUCAUCACCAUGCCAGAAUUUGAGACCAUCCCUCAGUACAUGAGAGGACGGGUAUCGUACGAUCAGAUGAAUGCUGCGGUGCAGAGCAUCAACACAGCUGUGACAGCAAAGUACAAGAUCCUCCAUCAGUCCAUGAAAACUCUCAGCAACUACACACGCAAGCUGCACCAGCGCUUCAAGGAGCAGGAGACCAAAGACACCAAAGGUCAGAACUUUGUGGUGGAGGAGGACAUCCGAGAGUUUUCUAAGAUCAAGGUGGACAAACGCUUCCAGGGGAUUCUGAACAUGCUGCGGCACUGCCAGCGCCUCCGGGAGAUGCGGGGGGGCGGCCUCACCCGCUACAUGCUGCUAUGAUUGAGUCACACUUUGACUUUGCAUUUAAUAUACAGGAAUGUGUGCAUGUAUGUAUGUUGUUGUGGUAUAAGUGAAAAUAUCCUUUUUUUUCCUUCUAUGUUUGUUUAAUAUCGUUACAUGUGUAAACAACAGUUUGUAUUUUCAGGCAACCAGAAUACAAAUCUGAAGAAGGAACAUUUCUUUGUGGUGAAUACUUUUGAUCUUUAUCAGUAUCUGAUCAUUCUGUAGAAAUAAUGAGAAAUGUAGCAUAAUCAGAAACAGCGUGAAUGAAGAUAGAUUUUCAAUUUCAAAAUUGAAAAGUCCUGACAGAAUUAAUGUAUACAAAAUAUAUUUUAUUAGUUCUAUAACAUAAGGGUUGACCUCAAGCCGUUUGUGGAAACAGAUUGCUUCAAUACGUUUAAGUUUACUGAAUCAAUUUGACUUUGGGAAAACUCAAGUAUUUAUUGUUAUGUUUACUUUGGUGCAAUUAACUUUUUUAACCAAUCACAAAGUUAAUUGAACUUACAUCUUUUAAUUAUUUUAACUUAAAUGUUUAAUUUCUCCAAGCUUAUUAAAAAUGUAUUAAUGGAAUUUACUGAAUAAAGUAAGACCAAUUUAAAUAUA